CACUGCCAGUAAAAGCCGCGCGUUGCCGGGAGAUUAAUACACUGCGCGUCAUCAUUCCCAUCGCGAGCGUCGGUGAGGAGAAUUCAGGACAAAUACUUUCUCUAUAACAGGUUCAACUCAAAAGAAGACCGAGAAAAAUGCACUUUUAGACAGAUGAAAGUAAAGCGAAAGAGUUUGCGUCAGGUGCGUCGGGGAUAACGCGUCUGUGAGGUGCGCAACUUUCACGCACGCUUUCCAAAGGAUACGCGAGUGCCAAAACAACUUCUCUGAUGACUCCAGCUUGAAAGAGGAACAGUACAUGCAUAAACUGACUAAUCUGCAUAAACUGACUAAACGGCUGGGUUUCCACCUCAUCAAACGGAUAGUAACGCAAACUUUCCACAUCGCCCUUGUUGAGCUCUUUUUGUUGAUCCACGCGCGUCAGACGUCAAACUGCACGGCUGGUUAUCUCUGUAUCCUCAUCCUAACUAGGAGGGGUGUUCAAAAGUUACCAAAUGGUUUUUCUUUGGGACGCCAAAUACGAACCUGUGCCUGGGCGACGCUUCACGCCUCCCUCGACCACCUUGAGCUCAGGGAAGAUGAAUGAGGGGUUGCCCCUGGGGGCUCAGGAGGGAAGCGGCGCCGCCCUGGUGGGCAAACUGCGCAUAGCUGACCGGGGCAUGGUGGAGGUGCUGUCGGACCACCCAGGAGAGCUGGUGCGCACAGACAGCCCCAACUUCCUCUGCUCUGUCCUGCCCACACACUGGCGCUGUAACAAGACCCUGCCCAUUGCCUUCAAGGUGGUUGCCCUCAGCGACAUCCCUGAUGGCACGGUAGUCACAGUGAUGGCCGGAAACGAUGAGAAUUACUCUGCAGAGCUUCGUAACGCCACCGCUACUCUCAAGAACCAAGUGGCCCGAUUCAACGACCUGCGAUUUGUUGGCCGCAGUGGAAGAGGAAAGAGCUUCACUCUGACUAUCACCGUCUUCACAAACCCUCCUCAGGUGGCCACAUAUCAGAGAGCCAUUAAGAUAACGGUGGACGGACCUAGAGAGCCACGCCGUCACCGUCAGAAACAGGAUGAAGCUGUAAAGCCCAGUGCAUUAGCUUUCUCUGAGCAGUUGAGGCGAAGUGCCAUGCGGUGCAGUCCACACCACGGCCCCACCCUCAACACGCCCCCCUUCAGCAACCCUGCCCACAGCCAGAUUUCUGAUUCUAGACAGAUGCAAACAUCUCCGUCCUGGUCUUACGAGCAGUCAUACCCGUACCUGGGCCCCAUCUCCACCCCAACCGUUCACCCGACGACACCCAUAUCACCCAGCCGCAACGCCAUACACUGUCCUGAUCUGACUGCGUUCACUGACCCGCGUGUGGGCCUGGAGCGCACAUUUCCGUCCCUGCCCUCUCUACCUGAUGGGCGUUUCUCAGACCCACGUGUGCCCUACCCCACCGGCGCAUUUACCUACACCCCCACCUCCGUCACCAACGCUAUCGGCAUUGGUAUGUCAGCUAUGACGACCGCUGCUGGACGUUAUCACACAUACUUACCGCCCACGUACCCCUCGGGGUCGUCCCCGGGUCAGGGAGGACCCUUCCAGGCGAGUUCUUCACCCUAUCACCUGUACUACAGCAGUGCUGCCGGGUCGUACCAAUUCUCCAUGAUGCCAGGGGGAGGCGGCGGCGAGCGCUCACCACCACGGAUCUUACCGCCAUGCACCAACGCCUCGACAGGCUCCGCCCUCCUCCACCCCUCUCUGCCCAAUCAGAGCGAUGUUGUCGUGGAGACUGAAGGGAGCCAUAGUAGUUCGCCAACUAGCAUGUCAGUUGAAGCCGUGUGGAGGCCAUAUUGAAAACUAAGACGCUUUUACAGGUUGAUGGACAGUCGGGUUGACCAAUAGGACGUAGGCAGCUUAACAAGGUGGUUUCAGAUUGGAUUAAAGGAAUUGAAGGACUGACUUUUUUUUUCACAGCACAGCAUGAGACUCGUUAGUUUUUCUAAAUAAAAUUUGUGGCUAGUUUGUAUUAUUAAUAAUAUUGUCGUUGUCAUUUUUAUUAUGAUUGUUUUAUUAUUAUUACUGUUGUUGGUCUUGUCAUCAUUGUACAACAUUGUUCACCAGUGUCAGCCAUAUUUUUAGCACUGUUUCCCCUUCAAUCUCUUCUGUGUCAUAUAAAAUGUCACCGUGCAUCGUCUGAGGCCAGAAACAUACUUUACAAAAGUGCACAAGCGUGAAUGCUUGGCUAAUGCAUCGCAAACACACGGUUCAUUUGUACAUACAAUGUAAUAUAAAUUUACAUUCUUACGUUACUGUAGCAGUAACAAACCUCAUCACUAAAGAUGAACCAAUAAUCUGUUUGAUAUUUUUCAAAAAGCAGAAAUAAAACCAUAUUUAAAAAUCAAUUGUCCUGCAUUUAUCGGACACUUAAACAUAAAAAUGAUCAUUAUCGGUCAUAACAAAGAAUAUCAGUUCAUUUCUACUCAGUACUCAAGGGGGCGAUAGUUAGCCUCACAUUUCUGUGCCAUUAAAUCAGAUGUGUUAUUAUUUAGGUAGCUAGCUAUAAACAUGACAACUGUGAAAAGUUUAUUAAAUAACUUACUCGGUAAGAUUCUCUUCAAACUGUCGAUUCGCUAUGACAGCAGUUGAUCCGAAUGAAAAAGCUGACCAUAGAAGGCUGUUUAUGUUAAUGUCCAUCAUAGUAGUCCUUGUGGCAAUGCUAAAAAAUGCAAAUGUUGCACCAUAAAUUAAGAUUUGACACAUUUUCAAAUGCAAUGUCGAAUGAAAUCAAGCUUGCAUAGCUAGGACGUGUUUGCAUUCAUAUUUUUGUGUAGAGUAUGCUUUGGGUCGUAAACUUCUGAAACGAUCUGCAAUCACCCCAUAUGUGUAGAAGCAAAAUGUUCACAGUUUAUGAUUUAAUUUAUUAGCCAAUGAAUUUAGUGCCAGAAAUCAACACUUGAUUUGUAUAAGUUGAUAGAUUUUUUUGACCAUACACUUCAAAGACCCUGGCCUUCUGUUUUCUCAACACACUUAGUGACACACUGUAGCCAAGAAAGAGCACUAACUAGAACAAAACAAAGUCUUUGCCAAUGGCAAGAUGCUCUUAAGAGUUUAAACAGAAGUUUGACUCUGUACAUUUCCAGGUUUACGAGACUUUUAUCCUGUCACUGCCUUUCACGGUCUUUCUCUUCGCAAGAUUUACAGCGCAACAUGGUGUCUGUGAAUUCAACUUUUCUGAUUGAGUGGUUUGGCGGUUGGCUGGAUACAAGAUGGAAGAAUCAUGUACCUCCUUUCUAUGUAAAUAGAUUGUAAAAUAAUUUACAGGUCAAUGGCGGUUUGAAAAUGACAUUGAUUGCCUAACACACGACACUCUUCACAACUUCUACUAUUGUGAAACUGGCAAAACUUUUUCAAAAUGCAGCUAAAAAAAUCACACUUGUUUUGUUUUUUCUUUUUGGGAGGGAAUAAAACACUUUGUUGUGAAGAAA